AUGGUCCAAAUUGCGGUAAAGGCCCAUAUUGCCAUAAUUACCAAUUUAAUUACAUAUAAUUAAUUAACUGUACAUGGUAGUUACAAUUUCAAACCUUUCACGGCUUCAUCUUCGCAUCUUUUCGAGAACAACAACUCUCGCUUACCGAUGCAGCCGUUCGAUCGGCAAAGAGAAGGAAAAUAAAAAUGACCUUUUAAACCCGGAAGUGAGGUUUGGGUUUAAAUAGCCAAUCAUGUAACACGUGGCCUUUCCAUUUUGGUGAAAGGUAAGCAAUUUGUCAACUUGCUUGCAUUUUGAAUUUUUGUUGGCAGUUGCUUAUGGUAAUAAGCUAAUACGAGAAUCGUCCAUUUUUUAUGACUGAGAAAUAUAUAGAGAAAUCUAGGGGAGGACCGCAAAUUGGAACACAGACAUUGAAAGGUCCUAAUUGCGGUAGUAGUAUACUUUUUUAGCUUAUGCAUUCCAGAUAAAUGAUAAUUAAUGUUUAAUACUUGUGUAUUCUGUUCUUUUUUCAAUAAAUAAAGCCUGUUUUUAAUAAAAUUCACUGCAUUGCCUGUUGUCUUGUCUCAUUUUCUUCACAUAUGGAGGUAAAAAAAAAAAGUUCCCACGCUUACUUCCCACGCUUUUUUCUCACGAUGUUUAUAUCUCCCGCUUGGUAUCACGUGCCAACCAGUGGCGGGAAUGUGUAUCGUAGUUUUGAAUCUAGGUCAAGGUCAGGCUACACUCACAAUUUAAAAAACCUUAUAUUUUUCAUCCAAUAACAUACUUACGAUUCAUUGCUUGCUUCUGAUUGGUGAGUAUAAUAUAUGUUUAUUCAUUUAGGAUUUUUCGAUUUACGUUCGUUUUACAGUGUCCUAAGAAAAAAUAUUAUCAAUCGAUCAAUUGACAAAACCGAUCGCUAGGCUAAUAGCUACUAUUAGCGCCCAGUGGGCGUGGGAAAUUUUCCUGUAGUAGGCGCCCAUUCGAAUAAGCGCCCUUUUCUCUCAUUAAUAUUCCCGGUCCCCUACCAUGAUUUAUUUAUUUAUUUAAUAUAUAUUUGGACUCUAUUAAAUAGUUAGUCUAUAUAGUGUUACUAGUGUUUUUAUUUCAUUUGUCUACCAGACUAACGCCUCUAUCCUACUACUAUAAAUAAGUAGGGUAGACCUACUUAACACUUCCAGGUGAAUCGGUAUUACCAGGAGGCCCUGUAUUAAAAUUGAUUUUUAAAGUUUCACUCUUGGAAAUAUUUAUAGACACUGCAGGUUGAAUUGGUAUUAUGAAGUCCUUAAGAAGCAGGAUCAUAAAUUUCUAUAAUGUAGGCUUAUAUUAAUUAAAGACCGAGUUUAGUAAGACAGUCUAGGCCUAUAAUCCGAUUUAACAAAAUAUACAGUAUAUUCAAUUCAAUAUAUUAAAUCUCUGUAGGUCAACUAUGGUAUUAUAUAUUUACUUAAUUACUCCUCCUAGAUAUGGCUCCACCACCUGUCUUUCGGAAACAAAAAGCCGUUCGGCGCCGCUAUACCGACCCAACGUUGAUUUUGCGUGCCAUUGAAAGGAUUCAAAAAGGGGAAAUAUCUGAAAACAGGGCAGCGGCUAUAUAUGGGAUCCCACAGGCUACGUUGUGGGACAAAAUACAUGGCCGCAGACCGAUUGUAGGAAAAUGUGGACCAAAAACAGUCUUAAAUGAAGAAGAAGAAGAGAUGUUAGAAAACUGGCUUGUUGAGAUGUCUAGAAUAGGCUACCCCUUGACUCAUGUACAGCUGCGAGACACCGUGAAGAAAAUCCUUGAUAAAGAUGGCAGAAAAAAUUCCUUCAUCGACAACCGUCCUGGACGGAAGUGGACAACUUUGUUUUUUAAGCGGCAUCCGCGCCUAACGCAAAGAGUUCCGGAACACCUUGGCAAGGAACGGGCGAUCGUCGACUUCAACAAAAUUGAGGCCUGGUUCCAAAACUUCUGGCAGUACCUGGAAGAGCAUGAAGUUCUUCAGAUCUUAGACGACCCAUCUCGACUUUACAAUACAGAUGAGUCUGGUUUUCCCUUAUGUGUUAAGUCGGGAAGGGUUAUUGCCGAACUAGGUGCCAAAGACGUGUACCGUUUAGGCAAUUCUACACGUUCACAAAUAACUGUACUCGCCUGUUGUAACGCUGAUGGUUCGUACGUACCACCGAUGAUGGUCUUCCCAGGACAGCGGUUCAUCUACAACCCCUUACUAGGUGCGCCAGAAGGAAGCUUUCUUGGCAGAAGCCAUAAUGGGUGGAUCGACUCAGAGAUUUUCUUUGAGUGGAUGGCUAAUCAUUUCUACCCGUCUGUAAAGGCGUCCGGUGUAGAAUUCCCCAUUAUCUUAUUUGUGGACGGACACGCAUCACAUCUGAAUAUUGAAACUGCAAAAUUUUGCAGAGACAAUAAAAUAAUUCUAUACUGUUUCCCUAGCCAUUGCUCCCAUAUUUUACAACCCCUCGACCUUUCCGUUUUCGGGUCUUUGAAAGCGUCAUGGAAACGGGCGGUUCAAAGAUACCAGUUCGAUAACCCUGGUGAAACAGUUCAGAAACAAACAUUUUGCCGCGUUUUUAACGAGGCAUGGCAAGAAUCUGCCACCAAGAAGAACGCUGUGUCAGGGUUUCGAAAAGCAGGCCUAUUUCCAUUUUCAAUUGAUGCAAUUGAUAAAAACAAAAUUGCCCCAUCUAAAGUAUUUCGCGCUGUAGACGCUCCCGUCUGGAUUAUCGUCCGAAUACAGGAAACCGCCGCCCCCGUCAUCGCCGCCGCCCCCGUCAACGACCGUCCGCUAGUGGAGGCACCUGCAGAAGCAGACGUUCCUGCCGCCAUACCAUCAUCAGCUGCAGCCUCCCCAGUGGACGAUGUAUCAACUGUGCUUGCCACAAUUGAGUCGUUGCUGGGCGAGAAGAGACUGAAUUUGUUUCAAAGGCGUUAUGACAAUGGUUACGACUGUGAUGAUAAAGAAUAUACCGUCUGGAAAAAUCUGAAAGAGAAAGCAAUCAAUCAAUAUUUUAAAGCACUAACACAUGAUGAACCUUCCCGGGACACUGCCGAAGAGCCUGCACCCUGUUCAAGUCUGGCUGGUCCUAGUGUUUCCAGUGUGUUUAUAGAACACCUCAGAUUUCCGAAACAAGUUCGGAAGCUUUCGGCAAAUGAAAUAAAAUCUCGCGAAAUGCCUAAAGCCCUGUCAGGAGCUCAGUUUAUCGCAUAUGCGCAGGCGAAAGCUGACGAAAAGGUGGCGAAUGAGGAGGCGAAACAGCGCCGAAAACAAGAGCGAGAUGCAAAAAAGAAGGCCACCCAAUCUAAAGGCAUGAAAAUCAACUCAAAUAUUUGCAGUAAAUGCAAAAAGAAGUAUGAUGACUCAUGCCUGUGGAUUGGGUGUGAAUGUGGACGUUGGUUCCACUGCUUCGCAAAAUGUUGUGGCAUUGAUGCAGUGGAAUCAAUGUCCGAGGACGAAAUUGAUGCCCUUGAUUGGACUUGCAGUUUCUGCGAUUAG